AUGUAUCUUUCAAACAAGAAAAAAACAAAACCUGCUCCUCAAACUAAACAGCCUGCUCCUCAAACGAAACAGCCUGCUCCUCAAACGAAAAAGCCUUCUCCUCAAAAGAAACAGCCUUCUCCUCUGCCCAAAGAGAGAUUGUUGCCGGAGGAUACAGCAGAUGAGGCGAUCUCGGUAUAUAAGAUCUUGCCGGAGGAUAAAGCAGAUGGUGUCACCUCCAAAGAGAUUGUUCCUCUCACUUCCACUGACCAACCGAGCUUCGCUUCCAACGAUCAACAACCGAGCUUCGCUUCCACCGAUCCAAGCGUUCCAGUUUCAGAACCGAGCCUGGUUGUAUUGGACCAAACAGCUCCCACUGCUUCUGUGCGUGCAAGGAGUGAACGAACGAAGAAACCUGCUCCCACGCAGAUAUCUCCUUAUACGGCAGAGAGAAGGAAACUCCUUAGAGUGGGAAAGUAUAAUCCAUUUCCCACACUAAACAGACCUAAGAUGAAGGAGCUCGUUGAUUGGUUGAAAACUGAUCCUGAUUAUUUCACUAAGGAAGAGGACAAACCACGUACAUCACCAACUUGGUGGUAUCAAAAACUCCGGACAUCCAAAGCAUGGCUGGAAGACGUACAUAUAGAUGCUUGGAUGAAUGUGCUGAGGCAGAGGUAUAAGGAGAACCCACAAUGUUUCCGGAGCGAGCGAAUGUGCUUCCGUGGAUCACAACUUUACCCAGUCUUGGAGAGAACAGUAUCUGUUCUUCAAAGCAUCGUCGUCUGAUCACAAUGGUUUAGGAAAAAUGCUACCUAGUGGGGCGGC